CCGUUAUCUCGCCGAUCCCUGCCGCCGCCGAAGCUCUGACCACCAACGCGACGUCUCUCGCCGCUUCCGCCGCUUCCGCCGCUGCCGAAACCGCAGCCAACACCACCGCCACAGAUUCGUCGUACACCCUUGGAGGACACGUGCGCAACAUGGGAAGCGUGUUGACCUACGCGACCAGCAAAUGGGCGAUACAGUGUCUCUUCAUGACGGUUCUGUUGAACCGCACGUUGAUCUAUGCCUCGCUACGGCGGCCGAUCCGGCUACCGUUUAAGAUGCGCGCAGCCAUGCGGAUCAUCCCGAUCACCAUGCUUGUCUGGCAGGUGUGGCACAUGAUGUACGCGAUGCGCUGCCAGACGUCGGUGAACUUCCAGCGCGGAGCGAGCGAGAACGGCGCCGACGUGCUGUUCCAUGCUAUCGGCAAGGCGGGCUCGUUCUGGCUCGACGACCGCUCCGUCUGUGAGGCUAUCGGAAUGAUCCCCGACGCGGAGUGGAUCGAUAUGGCGUCCACCGCAAAGGAUCCAGAGGAGAAGGUGCCCCCGCCGAAGGGCUCGCUGGAUACCCUGUGGCCCCUGUAUAAGACUCUCUCCCUGUCGCAGUUCGUCGAGGUGUUCUGCUGCUCGCUUAUGGGCAGGAUUCCGGUCGCCGAGACGGGAAUGACGUUGCUGGAGCACUCUCUGGCGUUUGCUGAGGCCGAGGCACAAGCGACACGUAAGACUUACCGUCUCGAGACCACCAACUCUAGCAAGAGUGCGAGUGAGGCGGAGGACGAGGGAGAGGGUGAGGACGAGGGCGAGGCGGAGGAUGCUAGGGCGGAAGAACUGGAGGAGACAAAGAACGAUGUCAAAAUCUUCAAGAUUAAAGGCGAGAAGCUGGUUCCAUCGGAGGUCCUUUACAUCGCCAUCCUCUCAGCCAUGUCACACAUUACCUCGCAUGUGCUGGCCAUAUUCAAUCUGCAAACAAGGUACCGUCUGCUUGCCACAGGUUUCUACGGUAUGGCUUUCCUGUUGGGUUUCGCGGUUGCCCUCUACUAUAGCGGCGCAGCCGGAAUUCUCAACUUCCCCACUGUCAGCGUUGUCGGAUUCAUCCCGCACCUCCUGAUUUUCGCCGCGAUCUCGGGAUGUGGCGCAAUCUAUGGAAUGGCACUGAUGGUCUCCUCGCUCUUCACUCCGUCUGGGAGAAUAAGCUUCUCGGAGGGCUUCAACAACCUGCGGGCCAACCACACCGUCUCCAGCACCGUUACGGUAUCCCUUAGUGAGGACUUCUACACUGUUUUGUUGAAAUUCGGGUACGUAUGUCUUACCGCCGCAGCGGAAGCAACAUACCUCAACGAAGGCCGUGCGGUUCGUGUACCGGCCGUUACCUGGCUCGAGGGCGAGCGGCAGAAGCUACUGGAUCACAGGAACCGCGGGAAUAUGGCGGGACAGUUCGCGACCACCGGGAAGGGUGGAGGACCAUUCGCCAUGGAAAGGAAGGACUUUUCGGGGGUGGUCGAAAGCGCGAAAGACUUUCGGCGGCCGAUGGGAGGACGGUGGAUUGGUGCGGGAGAGUUGUUACGGGGUGUACUGGCCGUAGUGAGCCGAUGGGGUUUAUUCGCUGCAGCCAAACUGCUUCGCCGAACAACAAUAGAGGGUGAGCCUGACGCCACGUCAAAUCUUUCCGAUAACGACGAGUUAGAAGACGAAGACUACGCCCCAUCUGAAGAUGGUUCUGGUUCAUCUUCUUCCUCUUCCGAAGACGAAGCCGAAAACGAAGGCUCCGGCCGUUACAGCCGUGAACAGUCCCAAGAACCCCACCGCUCUAGUCGCUCCAGUCGCGAAGCCACCCCGCUUCUCGACCCCAUGCGUCUCGCCGCCCUUCUGGACCCACAAUGUCCCGAAGACCGUGCCUCGGCGCGGCUCCUCGCGCGACACCUGGCUGCUCCAACACCUCUCACACGACGGCAAUACUCGGCUACUCAACUAUCGGGAAUAGCGGAGGAGGCGGCGCUAGAGAGUAUUCUCCUGCACCGGCGAGGGGAGAGUACAUCGUCGGAGACGGAGGCGGGCGCACCUCUGUGUGUAGUCUGUCAGAGCGAGCCACGGACGGUCAUUGUGUGGCCAUGUAGGUGUCUGAGUCUUUGCGAAGAUUGUAGGGUCUGCCUUGCAAUGAAUAACUGGAGUAGUUGUGUGACGUGUCGAGGGAAGUGUGUGGGUUACUCGAGGGUUUAUGUUCCUUGAGUUUGUCUUUGUGCAUGGCGGAUGUUUGGUCGGGUUUGGUCUAAAUUUGACUUGCUUUGAUUGGCGACUGUCGAUAUCUUCUUUGCUUCUUUUUUUCUCUAUGGAUCAUAUAUCUCUAAUUGUUGCGAUUAUUGUUUUUCGUUUUCGUUUCGUUUGGCUAGGUAGAUCAUUGUGUAGAUGUGGAGUUGCAUCGCCUGUUUGUUCAUUGCCAAACUUUGGUUCAGCAAGCUAGGCUGAGAAGUCUGUAAAUAUCGUCACUCGCACGUAUUGAGAUGAGGC